AUGGAGCUUUCGCUUCCCAGCUCGGCCCAAGGCCACGAGAAAACGGACGUUGUCUUCUACUCGAGUGCCCUGGACUCCGAGUCCCAACUGCCGACCAAGCCCAGGGGGGCUCGACAUAAGAAUGCCGCCGGCGCGGCAUCCGUGCUGCCGCCACUGCUGCCGCGGGCGAAAAAACUGGGCCGGAGACGGUCGAAACCGGCGUCUGACGCUGCCUCAGAAAGAUCCCACCGCUCCGAAAAGUCCCACCGCUCGGAGCUUCCGCAAGGCGGCGGGUAUACGCUGACGCCCGCCACGGGCAAGAUAUUCCGCAACUUGCUCAUCUUGGAGGAAAGUCUACGGCAGCAGGUGGUGCAGCAGCGCACGCUACGGCGCAAGUACCUCACGUUCCUCGCGGCCUUAUGUGCGCUCGUGGCGUCAGUCUCCUACCUCUUGUACUUCGCUGCGCCGCGCGGGCCGCUCCGGGCGUUUCUCCAACUCAUUCUUCUCACGCUUGUCGUCACUCUUUUGCUCUAUCACUUGCUGGGAGAGUAUCAGAAAACGAUAGUAUUGCCCCGCAAGUUUCUCUCUUCGAUCAACAAGGGCCUCCGCCAACUAAACGUGCGCUUGAUCAAGACGAAGCUGUCGUUGGCCAACCGCACCGCUGACCUGGCGCGCGAGUUGGGCCUCUUCCUCUGCAUCAUGGCUCUCAAGCUCUGCCACUCGGUGUCGCCGUCCAUGGCCCGCAACCCUUCUUCGCGACUCGAGGUCUGGCUAGUGUCUGUGCAGCUGCGGUGUCAGCCCCGCUUCGGACUCAAUGACAUCAAGCUUGUGCUUGUGCCUCGGAGCUUUAGCACAGAUAUCCGUGAGGGCUGGGAGCUCUAUAGAGAUGAAUUCUGGAUCAAAGAAGGCAUUCGCAGAAGAAACUACUUGCUUGAUUUCACUAGAGCUACAGCUGAAGCGGAGAAAAAGCCUUGGCGGAAAGACAAGAAGGAGAGGCGCAAGCGGAAAUCCUCUGUGGUCCAGAGGGCAAGUGCAAGUGAACAGAACUUGAACACCUUGGACCUCAUGAGCCUAGAGGCAUCUCCGCCUCCUCUAUGA